CCGAAGAGUUUCGCUCGGACGGAACAGAUCGGACUGACACGAGCUCGGUUCUGGAGGUGAAUAUUUUUCAUCUAAAUGGGUUAAUUUGAAACAGAAACGUGUUUUAGAGACAAUCCUUCUGUGGAGGACCGGAAGUGGAAUGACGUGGUGUUUGUUUUUCCCGCCGAUUGGAUUUUAACACCAGCAGCAGCAUCUGUUCAUCAUCCUCACGGCUGGGUUUUGGGGGGUUUUGGGGUUUUUUGGGGAGGAAACAUUAAUUCUGUCUGAUGUCAACCUUUCAUCUACUGCUUCCAACGCGCACAGAGCAUCAUCACGGAUCAUUUUCACAAAGCAGUAAUUGAGAUGGCUCGAGCAGAGACCAUCGAGACCGUCGGAGAACAUGAGGUCGUAGGAAAUGGGCCUGUUCCGUGUCACAACACCUGCCGUAUGGAGGUGCCCCGCCCCCUCCACGACUGGCCCGGCGCUCUCAUCACGACACCCAGAUCCACAAGGAGCGGGUCCGCCAUCGUCCGCCACCGUUACCAUCACCUGGAACCCUUUCAGGUCCUGAACCUGUCGUACCCGCCGGCCUUUCCUGGCCUCGAGGGUCGGGAGCAGCUCCGGCGGGCUUCGACAAGGGUGACGCCCCCACCGUCACCUGGUUCUGAGCAGAGGAACCGAGGAACAGACGCUCAGAGGGACUCGUCGGGAGAACCUUCAGAUUCUGACAGAGACACAGAGAUCCAGCAGGACUCCAGCAGGCCGGGGCCUCUGCCCGACCUGCUGCCCCACAACGAGCACCUGUCCCGGGCCGCGGCUCAGCUGGACGUCAGCAGGGUGGCGGGCCAGCUGAGGACCAUCGGAGACGAGUUCAACGCCGCGAUGCUCCGCAGAGCGCACGGCGCCCCCAACUGGCGGGGCUGGAGAGACGUCUGCAGAGAACUCCUCAGCUUCAUCACCCAAACACUCAGCACUCUCUACAGACUGACGUAGACCCUGAACCUGAACUGGUCUGAUACCGAACUGAACAAAUGACGUCAGGAGUUUGGAGGUGCCGGCGCCUCCGGUGAACACUGGACCCGGUCCGUCUGUCCCGUCAGUCAGUCUGCUGGUCUGGACCGCAGCUGACGGGCCGACAGAUUGUACAUUUUGUAAAGUUAGUUCUGGUCCGGCCUCGGGGUUGGGGGGUCGGCUCUUUGUAGCAGGAGUGUGCGUGGACUCAGGAAGGACUCGGGUCGGACUGAAACUGAUCGGCUGAGCUGCACAGAAUCAGAGAAACAAAGAGGAAUUUAUGGCAGAAAGUUUCAGUUUGUAGCUCCGCCUCCUGCUGUCAUUUGGUCUUGUGCAGCUGUAAAUUAUUAUUUUUUUAUGGGCCUAUAAAUUGUGACUUUGUUGAAAAUGUAAUUAAAAACAAAGCGUAAUGAUUUGAUAAAUUCAUAAAUGUAUAUUUUCUUCACAACAUAAUGAACAAAUCAAACCUUUUUUAUUUUGAAAUUCAUGGUAGCGGUUCUCUUUACACCCAGAUCUUAUUAAUCUGUUGUUAAUUAGUUAUAAAAUACGAAACCAUUUAGUUUUUACGGCUUUGUCUCGACACGUUGCCAUAAAAAUCUAAAUUAAAUUUCUCAGUUUAAAUGUUUAAUUAGUUCCGCUCUGUAUAAAAUACGGUUUUAUGAGAUUUAACAAGCUUUACGUUCUGUUUUUAUUUUAUACAACCUCCAAACUUUAACGUUCAGCUGUAAAAUAAUCCACGAGAGGCUUUUAUUUUGUAAUUUAGUCACAAUUCUGCGAAUCUCAGACGUAGUUUUUUUUGUUUUUCGUGUCUCAGAGAAAACUGUGAAGUCGGUUCUGUUUGAGGGUUUAACGCCACUUUGAGCCAAACGUCUGAUCAGAACCGUUUAUUAAAUACGGAUUUAAAAAAGUGCCUUUCUGCAACAAUCAGUCCUGAAGUGCUUUGAGGCAAAAACUGCGUCACGUUCAAAUGUUUCAGCUUCAGCCCGUUAAACUCUCAUUUAUUUUUUUUAAAAACACGUUUCUUCCUGGUUUCACUCCAGUGUCAAUCAGUCGUUCUUUAUUUAAAUCCUGUGGAUUUGAGGUGUAUUUGAUGAUCUGCAGGAGAAAUGUUCAUCCUUCAGUUUUCAUUGCAGCUGAAGAGAAAAUAAUUUGUAAUAAAUGUGUAACUUAUUUUGAAAAGUAGCUCUAUUUUCGUUUGUUUGUUCCUUGAUGAUUUGUUUAUGUAGAUGAAUUUAACCUUCUGAUCAAAAUUAAGAUUUCUGAACAGAUAAACAGGAAACGUGCCGCCGCCUGAUGAUAAAAAAUUUAAUGUUUUUUAAACACAGAAGCAGGCUCACUAUUUGUCUUUAAUUCAGUGUUUCAAUGACCUGAUUCAAGAUGGCCGCCACAGCCACUGACUCUAAAAACAAGAAAAAAAAAAACGUAAAAAUCUCUUGUCAGUUUUAUAGAUCUUUGUCCAAAACUACUGUUAGCAAAAUAUCUUAUAAAACUCUCAUAAGGUAACGUCUAAAACGUAUAAAAAUAUGAAACAUGGCCGAGACAUUCAGUUUUACAAAAGAAUCAGUUAAAUUUAGUUUGAUUACUUUAAAUUUAACUAUUUGUUAAAACAAACUGAAUCCUCUAAUCUGCUCACGUCUAACAUUUUAAAAUGAAAUGAAAAAUAAAAGUAAACAUUUAUUCUUGCCAAAUAGUGAGCCUGCUUUGAUGCGUUUCUUUAUUAAGCAUUUCAAUAAUAUGAAUUAACUUGUUUAUAAAGCAUUAAAAAAAGAGGCUUUUAUUGUGAAGAGGCACCAAGACACCCUUUAAUUGUGAAAGUUGAGGUGUUAAUGUACUGGUACGUUUGAACCCAGGUCAUAAAUGUGUACAAAUACACACGUAUGUACUGUAACAUACUUUAGCCUCGUGUGUUUACUCAUUGUUUGUUUCAGGGAAUGUAAACAACUCAGCAACGUUUUUGUUUGUUUGUGUCAGACGGGACUAAAAGCCUGUGGGUUGUUUUUUUUUAAUAUUUAAUGUAUAAAUUCUUGAAUGACGCCGGCUCACGAGGCCAAACGGAGAUCAACUCGUUUCCUGCCUGAACUUCUGCUGCCGUCGCUGAGCCGCUCGGAUUUAACCUGAUUUUAUUUUGUAAAGUCUCCUUCCUGCAGCGAGCCCAGGCGCGUCGUGUUGUUGCUGGGGUUUAUUUUCUAUUGUAAAAUUUCUACUUGGAUUUUGUACUUUUUCUGUUUUUAUACAAUAAAGAUGAGAAACAAAA